CUGUGUGUGGACGUGCUCGCAAGUCUCCUUCGACACACUUCCUCGGAAGCAGCCGCCGCAGCCAUUGCAGGAGCGCCAAGACUUCCUCCUAAGUGAAGUGCAUGGUUGAUCGGGGGUCCUGGAGAGCCCCCCCCCCCCCAGCAGGUUUCAAACCCACAAGGCAAAGCAAGUUCCCAUAUUGGAGGAGCAGACUUUGAGUACUGCGUGUCAGCCUGCAUGGUUGUGGCCCCCGAGGUAGCAGCGGUUGGCUUCCCCAGAGAGUCUGUCUGGGCCUAGACCCGAGAACUCUGCACCAUGCAGAAUAACUUUGCGGCUGUGACCUUGAUGGGGUUAUCUGUCAAUGAACCAGAGCUGAUCUGCAAGAUUGAGCCAGGGGAAGAGCCGUGGAUCUCGAGCGAUCAGGCCUCUGGAGAGAGGCAGAUUCUGCCUGGAAAUAAGACAGGUGGUGUAACUUCAGACCCUGCAGUUGCUCCCUACAGGCAGUAUCGUGGCACUACGUGGACCUACCCAGAAGUCAUUGACCUCCUGGUCAUUUGGCGGGAGCGGGAGAUUCAGCAGGAGCUUCAGAGGAGCCAUAGGAACAUUGAAACGUUUCAGGUGGUUGCCAGCAAGAUGGCCAAGAGAGGGCACAAACGUUCUGCCUUGGAGUGCCGGUCCAAAAUCAAAACCUUGAAGAGGGACUACAGGAUCGCCAAGGCCAACAACUCAACCGGCAAAGGGCAUUUAGCUUGGCUUUUCUAUGAUCGGCUGGAUCACCUCUUGGCUAAUGAUGCGGACAUCCCACCUCCGGACACGUUGCCCAAUUUCAGUCACCAUGGGACGUCCCUAGCAGACACAAUUUCUCAGUGUUCCACGGAGGAGGAGCCCAUGCCGGAAAGGCCCAGGGAAUGUAGCCCAGCCAGUCGGGAGCUCUUUGGUCUGAGAACUCAGUCGCCCUUCGAAAUCUCCAAUUCAGCAGACUUCUGUCCUGUCUUGCAUGUCAAGGAAGAAGCCCCUGAUGAAACCCCAGUCAUGCCUCUAAUGGGCAUAGCGGAAGAUGGCAGUCCAGUGCCUCUCUUUGCCUCAGAUCCCUGUGAUAAACCAGGCAGCUCUGUUUCCACAGCAGACGGGGCCAUGACCCCCUCCCAGAGUCCCUCGCCUGGCCCAGCGAUGUCCUACGCUGCCGAACGACUCGCCAAUAUCCGAAAGCGGAAGCGGAAAAACAGACAAGAUUUGGCCCUGGAAAUCACACAGGCGGCUGACCAAAGGGUCCAAGCAGCCACCGACCGGAUUCUGGCUGCUCUCGGGGAAUAUGCCAAGGCGGACCUGGAGGACCGUGAGAGAGACCGGGUGGACACUGAGCAAAUCAUUGCUCUCAUGAACCGGCAGACAGAACUGCUGGAGUCGCUGGUGCGGAAGCAAGCGGAAGCCAUGGCCCCAGCCGCCCCCUCGCUCACCCGGCACGCCCGGUUGCCACGGAUUGGGCAGCCCAGUCAUUCGGUAGAGCCUUCUGCCUUGCGAUUGGCUGUUCCCAGGCGGCCAGUGUCCAGGGCGAGGUUCAGACGGUGACUCCGGAGCGAUGCACUUUUCACGGAGUGAUUUUGUCUUAGAGUUUCUUGGCAUGAAGGACUUUGGUCGGUAUCUUUGAAACGGUUUACUUUUCAGGAAUUUGUGGUUUACUUUUCAGGAAUUUUAAAUCUUUUUACAAUAAUGAUUUAUUUGCCGAUUGUGUAAAAAAAAGGCAGAGAGAAAAAAAAUUAAAAUAGCAGUGUGUCUUUU